UAUUACCUUCACAGACUUUACCUGUCUUCCGUGUGGGAUUACUUUCUUAGGAACAUGGCAGCACCUCCCAGACACAGCAAAGAAUAUGGUCGACCUGUUGCAGGGUCUAAAACUGAAGCUCGUGGAAAAUAUGCUGGUGCUCACAUAAGUCAGGAGGUAAAAGCACUGUGCAAUGUCAUCUUGCAAAUGGGUGAUGAACAGCCUGAUGGAACAGUCACAGUUACAUUUGGACGAUUAUUUGAAAGAUACACUAGAAUUUCCAACAAAGUUGUUGGUAUGUUGCUCAGAGCUCGGAAGCAAAAUUUAGUUGACUUUGAGGGUGAAAUGUUAUUUCAAAGACGAGAUGACAAUGUUGUCAUUACUUUGCUGUGCAUGCCUGAAGACAUCCAGAAUGAUUCUGAUGAAUACUGGAAUAUCUCUGCUAAAUAG